UUGGUUGUGUGUGACCGCGCAACACCAGUGUGGUCUUGGAACCAAGACUAGUAUGUGUCCACAUUGUGCACCAUAAACAGACGCACACAGUUCUGUGUCUACCACAAAUAAGUUUGUAAGCUUGUACUUCAACAGGAGAAGUUGUCCUACAAGGUUGUUGUUGUGUGUCUGUAAUUUUCGUGUGAGAACGUUGCAACCCAAUAUGGAAACCAUUGACUGUUUGACACUGUGGAAUGGCGUCAGAAUACCAACGUUGGGAAUUGGAACGUCAUUUAUUGGUGGCUACAGUCACGAGGCAAUGGUCCACGCGCUGAAACAUUGCAAUGUCAGACAUAUCGACACGGCUAGGAAGUACCACAACGAACACCUAGUGGCUAAGGCUAUUCUGGAAAGUGGAGUGGCGCGGGAGGAGCUGUUUAUCACCAGUAAGGCAUGGCCGUCCGAUUACGGUUACGAGAGCACGAAGACAGCCUUCCGAGAGUCUCUACAACAAACUCAAGUGGAUUAUUUUGACCUUUACUUACUUCACUUUCCGAAGUCGCCUGAUGGAACCAGCGACAAGAAACUAAUCAGUGAAUCUUGGAGGGCACUGGAAGAACUGUACGCACAAGGUCUUUGCAAAUCCAUUGGAGUGAGUAACUUUGAGAUCUCGGACAUUGAAAACUUGAAGGAAACGUGGACGGUCAUUCCCAUGGUCAAUCAGAUCGAGGUCCAUGUGUUCUGCUAUCCUAGAGAGCUGAUCGAUUAUUGUCAAGGACUCGGGAUGCAGAUUGUGGCACACUGCCCAUUGGCUAAAGGAAAGGUCAUGGCUCAUCACGUGAUUGUCAAUAUAGCGGACAAAUUAAGCAGGAAGUGCAGUCAGAUUGCGAGUCGUUGGGUUAUACAGCACGGCCUCGCAGUGAUACCUAAAUCCACAAAAUGUAGCCGAGUCGAAGAAAACAGCAAGGUGUUUGACUUCACGCUAUCGGAUGAGGAUAUGGUAACUCUGAAUCAGAUACACGUGACAGAUGGUCAACGUGUUUCAGAUCCAAGCAGGGUGCGGUUCGAUCAGCUGGCACUUUAAACAGCUACUUGAGCGGAAUUGUUUUUAUUUUUUUUUACGGGAAAUGCUAUUUCCACUUGUUGAUAGUGUGUUUGUCAACCAUUUUAGUGUGAUUUUGAUAUGAGUAAACUUGUUUUUUUUUCUUAAUUAUCGAUUUAAAAACCUUGCCCCACCCACAAUGUUUUGUAAAAAUAAAAACACUUCUGCCAUUGCCGGCGCAAGUAAAAAUGACAAUGCUUUGACGUCAUGUCCUCUUGAUAUUUGUGAUUUACCUACUGCAGAGGGCUGGGCCGGAUUUCAUGGCUCUGCUUAUACCGUAAGCAAGGAAUCGGCGUUUACGAAAGCAGGGAAUUAUUUGCUUACGGCAAGCGUAUUUAACGGGUUAAAGGUCACUGGUCACUGGGUCAAUGGGACUCAAUGUGCUGUUCUUGGAUGUUUUGGUUUAUAAUUCAUACUGAUGGAGCGUGAUGACAAAGAAGGCAAAAUAUCACAAGGCAAAUUGUACACUGAAAGGGAAUUCCGCCAUUGGUCUCUUGAACCGUUAUUGAGUAUUUGUGCAGUGAGGCAUUUCGUCUCGGUAAAAUUAUCAAGAACCAGGCCUCGUUGGGAUUAAACCACUACUUGAAAACCUCUUCACUACUUAUUGAUUCCCUUAUUUAACACGGAUGCCGACUUGGUACCCAUGCCGCAGAACGUUGUAAUUAGUUUUACUUGUCCCGUGUAAAUAGUGUCAAGAUAGCUGCAAACCUCUGCGAAAAAGUAUUCAACUAUUCUCGUCUGGGGGUAAUGAUAAUUGAUUGCCUCUGAAUCAUCAGAGUAACCAUUGAUGACGUAUGUUUUGUGCGCAUGUGCACUAACUUGAUCUCAACAACUUAACUUUUUUAGACUUAAGUGGGGUACUAAGAUAAGUGGGGUACUUAGAUGUUUUGUGAUUAGCUACUUAAGCGCCCCACUUAAGUUAGCAGGGUGUGUGCUUUAGACUUCAGUGAAAACUUACGUACUCCACUAAGUUAAGUUUCGUGAAUACCGCCCCAGGGCAUUAACCAGUUUCAAUAACUCAUGAACAGAAACUGCAACUUGCAAUAUGAAAUACAUGCAGUAGUUCGAUAUUUAUUUUUUAAAAACAUACAAUUUUAUCUGAGUAUGCCUGCUUAUAAACAUGCCACAAUCAAAGUCGUAAGUGAACAUAGUAAUAUUAAUAAUAAUAAUAUAGGUUUUUCUCGGUCAAUUUCGGAAAAUGAGCAGCCAAUUUUUCGUUUGGAGGCAUUCAAAUUCCUAGCACACUCAUUCUUUUUUUAUGACACACAAUCAUCAUUCAAUUUAGCAAAGCUGAUUCGACUAGAGAUUUGCUGAUUUGAUCAUUUUCAAUUUCGUAAAGAGGCAAUCAAUUUCGCUAAACGAGGAUUGAAAUAAGUCUACGACUAAAGAGUUACGAAUAAACAGAUAAACUGUAAAGUUAAAGGCAACUGUUUCGUACCUUCCCUUUUAAAUUAAGCGAACCUGAUUUGUUUAUUGUUAUGUUUCCAGUAGACUUUACCUGGGGCCCCAUAAGCUUUUUUUUCCUUCUUUAUUUUUUUUUCGGGAGAGAUUUAAUGGUUAACUGAGCAAGACCCGAUUUGAAUGUGUUUGAAUGUUUUUUUUUUUUUUUUUUUUAAAGGUUUUUGUGGGUAAAUUUUCGCCAAC